GCUUCAUAUAGCGAUGCUCAGACAUCAAACGUCAAAGGAAGGCUUUUAGGUAUCGUGCCAGGUGAUAUUUUCACUGACUUACAUCGCAAUGGGAUCAUUCCUGACCCAUUAUUUGGAGACAACCAUCUGGAUCUCCGUUGGGUUGCUUCAGAUAAUUGGACUUACACGAAAUCAUUUGAAGUAGAUAAGGAUAUUCUAAUGAAAACCUAUGGACAUGAAGUGCCACCCGUCUGCCCUCCUGUAGUAUAUCACGGAGAAUGUCAUCCAAAUUUCAUCAGAAAAGCGCAAUAUAGCUUCAGCUGGGACUGGGGACCAUCAUUUCCUACAGUGGGAAUUUGGAAACAUGUCGACAUUAUCGCCUUUGACGGCUAUUUCAUUGAUGACUUUACUUUUACCGCUGAGCGAAGUGCGGAAACUUGGCUCAUUAAAGGAGCUGUGAAAGCUUUUGUUGAACAGAAGCCUGUCAGAGUCGGGUUUAAGAUAAGGAUAGAAGAGCUCCAUGUAGUAAAGGAUUUCGAAUUCAACACAACUGGUGGGGUGGAGCCGACAGUGCUAAAAUUCGAUAUCAAAAUACCGUCAGAGAAGAUUGAGCUCUGGUGGCCGAAUGGGCAAGGAAAUCAGAAGCUUUAUAGCAUCAUACUUGAAUCUGGUGAACAGAAGAUCCUGCAUCAGCUUGGAUUUCGUUAUAUAGAAUUGAUUCAAGACUAUGUGGAUGUAACGUAUAAAGCUAAAGGACGGCAUUUCUACUUCAAAGUCAAUGAUCGUCCUAUCUUCUUGAAAGGCUCAAAUUGGAUUCCCAUAUCAAAUUUCCUUUCUGCAAAUCACUCAGUACGCCUUGAAUUCUUACUGGAUUCUGCUGCUGAAGCAGGUAUGAAUGCACUUCGUGUUUGGGGUGGUGGUGUAUACGAGUCAGAGGAAUUCUAUAGCCUUGCUGAUCAAAAAGGGAUAUUAAUUUGGCAGGAUUUGAUGUUCGCAUGUGCUCUCUACCCUACUGAUGAGAGUUUUUUAAAUAAUGUGAAGACGGAAUUGACACAGCAGAUUUGGAGGAUCAAGCGUCAUGCAUCCAUUUUAGUGUGGGCUGGCAACAAUGAAAACGAGUUGGCUAUCAGGUCGCACUGGUGGGAUCCCGACAACUUUAGUGGUAUGAACGGUUAUCUUUUAGAACAACGGCAAGUUCAUGAUUAUGUCAAAUUGUAUAGUGGAACUAUUAAACCUCUGGUUGAAGCCAUUGAUUCGUCACGUCCGUUUUUGCUCUCAAGUCCCAGUAAUGGAAUACGAACUGAAGAAGAAGGAGGUGUUGCUCUUACUCCAGACGAUCAACGUUAUGGUGACAUUCACUUCUAUGAUGAAUUUGCAAACCUAUGGCGAGAUAAUUCCGAGAUGUGCGACAGAGUAUGGAGUGCAGAGCCUUCCCUUUGCGUAAGCUUUAUGAAAUUAUUUGUUUUUGAUAGUUGUGAGGAUUUGAUGUUCGCAUGUGCUCUUUACCCAAUUGAUGAGAAUUUUCUAACUAAUGUGAGGACGGAAUUGACACAGCAGGUUUGCUUUCAUCUGAAAUAUUUUAAAUUACGAGUGGAACAAAAAGCUAUGAAUUUCGAGAACGGUUAUCUUUUAGAACAACGGCAAGUUCAUGACUAUGUCAAAUUGUAUAGUGGAACUAUCAAACCUCUGGUUGAAGCCAUUGAUUCGUCACGUCCAUUUUUGCUCUCCAGUCCCAAAGGAGGUGUUGCUCUUACUCCAGACGAUCAACGAUAUGGUGAUAUUCAUUUCUAUGAUGAAUUUGCAAACCUAUGGCGAGAUAGUACUUAUCAGAUUCCGAGAUGUGCGACAGAGUAUGGAGUGCAGAGCCUUCCCUUUGCAAGCACUAUGUUAAAACAUAUCAACUCCUCGGAAUGGUCCUACAUGUCCCAACAGCUUCGCAAUCGACAGCAUCACCCGGGUGGCGUUUUGAGCAAUCUGGUCAUAGUUUUCACUCAUUUCCCGAUUCCAUUCCAAUGCACUCGCUCGAUUUCGGAUCUCCAUCGCUGCCCAUACGUCAACUCACCACAGUUUGUGGAUCGCUUCGCUUAUUAUUCUCAAGCUCACCAAGCAAUUACUUACAAAACGCAGACUGAGCAUUAUAGAAGAUUCCGAAAUCUUCUCACCGCUAGUGGAUUAGGAAAUACAAUGUGUGCACUGUAUUGGCAGCUGAAUGAUGUCUGGGCUGCACCGACUUGGUCGUCGAUUGAUAUGGAGUUGAAAUGGAAGAUGUAUGCUGUUGGAUUUAACGAUAUUGGAGUGACCGUCGUUAAUGAUUCUCCCGGUUAUAUCAAUGAAGCCAAGUUGGUUGUGGACAUGCUUGCUUGGAAUAGCGAAUUUGAGCCUAUUUAUACUGAUGAGGAGGUUGUCAAGGUUGAGCCGUUUUCGGCUAAAGAAAUAGAUCUUUCCUUAGGACUGAGCACAAGUGACGCCGAUUUUCUGCUGCGUGCACGGCUUUUCGCUAAUAAUGGUGAUUCUAUAGCUCCAGAAACGGUACUUUUCCCGGAGAAGCUGUACGAGGUGAUGGGCGGAUCAAAUUCUGACAAUUGUUUGAAAAUUGCAAAGAUUGUCAUUCAGGUCGAUUUCGACAAGUUUGGCGAUGUAACAAUCAGCGAAUUCAAACAGAUUGAUCAAAACACCUACAAACUCACCAUCAACACAACCAGCAUAUCACCAUUUACUUGGAUCUCAAUAAGAAAACCAUUUCUGGGUUGGUUUUCGGAUAAUGGCUUUACAAUGACAGCGCCCACUCGACAAAUUAUAUUGAAUUUAAAAGAACCAGUCGAACUCGAUGUGAAUGAUUUUAAUGUUUGCAAUUUGAAAAAUUGUGGAAUGUUGUAAAG